AAGACCCUCAAACGCCGCUGCAAAGAAGCUGGAUACUACUCUUGUAUCUGCUGCCAAAAGCCCUACCUCACUAAGACCCAAGCCAAUGCGCGGUGGCUGUGGGGGAUAGCACACAUGUUUUGGACUAUUUGGGAAUGGAGUCAGAUACUGUACUCAGAUGAGGUCACAUUUCAAGUUGGAGGGAAGAAAUGCAAGCAGAGGUGUAUUAGGAAUAAGAAGGAACGCUGUCAUCCUGACUGCAUUCAAUUCCAAAUGCAUAGAGGUGGCACUAUUCCUUUCAUGGAAGACGGCAACUCUGCUCACGGCCACAAGACUACUAGCAAUAUUUGUGCUACUUGGCGUACUUCUAUGGGUAUUACUCUAUUCCCCCAUCCUGCAGUUAGCCCUGAUAUGAAUCCUAUUGAGAAGUGCUGGAGGAGAAUAAAACAAGCUCUCCAUAGGCGCCUAAGGCAGCCAACAACUGAGGUUCAAAUGGUUGUAGUAGUAUUAGAAGAAUGGGACAAAAUUCCUCAGGAAUGGAUCAAUGGGCUUAUU